CAAUAUCAACACAAACUCAAUCCGACAAAUCUGGCUACUUAAAUAUCUUAGGCAGUAGAAGGGUUUUCAUCCAUUUAACCUUAAUCAUCUACGUUCAUGCUUCGAUCUGAAAUAGGGAAAAGUUUAAAUUGUUCUACUAAACGGGAAAUGAAUUCCUUCUUAAGGGAACGUGUCUUCAGGAAUUUGUCCUUUCCUCCCACCACAUUGAUACCGAUGUCUAUGGAGGAAGCAAAUUUUAGCUGUCGCUUCAAUGAGGAAUUCAAGUAUAUCCUUCUACCUGUGUCAUAUUCAUUGGUGUGUUUCCUGGGAUUGAUACUGAACUCUGUGGCUAUAUGGAUGUUCAUUACUAAGAUGAGACCCUGGAACACCAGUACAGUGUAUAUGUUCCAUCUGGCUCUGUCAGACACACUCUAUGUGCUCUCUUUGCCAAUGCUCAUAUAUUACUAUGCAAACCGCAGCCAUUGGCCAUUUGGUGUUUUACUCUGUAAGAUUGUGCGCUUUCUUUUCUAUGCCAACUUGUACUGCAGCAUCCUUUUCCUCACUUGCAUCAGUGUGCACCGCUACCUUGGCAUCUGUCACCCCAUUCGUACUCUCACUUUGUUGAAGCCGCGUCAUUCCCACCUGGUCUGUGUUUUGGUCUGGAUAUCAGUCAUAGCCUGCCUGGUGCCCAAGCUGAUUUUCGUCACCACUUCUCAGAGGGACAAUGACACUUUGUGUCAUGACACCAGCAGUCCUGAAGACUUUAACAACUACGUUACCUACAACUCAGUGGUCAUGGUGCUGCUGUUUAUUCUGCCAUUUCUAGUCAUCAUGAUUUGCUACUGUUUAAUGGCACGGGCCCUGUGCCAACCCAGAAUGGGUCUGUCCCAAAGUCAACAGAGUAUUUCAUCCCGGAAAAAGUCCAUUAAACUUAUCAUAGUGGUGCUGGUUGUGUUUGCAAUCUGCUUUGUACCCUUCCAUAUCACCCGCUCCCUCUACUACACCUACCGUAUUCUAGAUGCUAACUGCCAGUCCCUUAAUAUUGUCAACUUUGCUUAUAAAAUCACUCGCCCACUUGCCAGCAUGAAUAGCUGUUUGGACCCCAUCCUCUACUUCCUGGCGGGGGAUCACUACCGCUCUAAACUCAUCAGAGUGUUCACAAGACAGACGACCAACACCCGAUCCACUGUGUGUGUGCACUCACCUCCUGAGAACAAUAUUGGACUAGUCUUUAAGAACACAGAUGCCCAAGCCAACAAUGAAUCUAAACUCUAGUCAUGGAUUUUGGGUAAUUAUUUUAAAUGCAGAUCUAGGAUGCUGCCUCAUAUGUUUUUGAGACCCCAUGAAUUCUCUGUCAGCAGACAAGCCACAGAGACAUAAAUCCGAAAGAAGUCUGGAUGGCGUUGUUGUAAACUACAGUGAAGAUGAAAGUAAAGGAAUCUCUUUAGAGAAGGAAUGUGGUUUGCUUCCAGUGUGCACCCCUAAUGUUUUUGCCAUCCAGUAUUAUCACUAGUAAUGUAAUGCAGCAACAGUGCAGCUCAUUUUUUAAAAGUGCUGAUGGCCAAUUCAUGCCUAUGUUUAUUUUAUCUGCUGAAACUGCUCACUGUUGUUCAAGGACAUAACAUGGCAGGGUAGAGGUACUAUCAACACCUAAAACAAAACCCACUCUAUAGACCAGAGAUGGACUCUGGCCUGUGACUAUUACUACAAAAAUGGCAAAACAAAGACUGUAUGUUCUAUUAUGUCUGAAUGUCCCGUUGAGGGAAAUGAACACUUGAAAUCCUCCUCUGAGAGAACUCAACCGCAGUUCCAUAGUAUUUCUUGAAUAAUUGAAAUUAUUCUUCUAUCAAUUUCAAAUGAAUAUCUACUUUAUUAUUUUUGCAGUUUUUCUGAAGACUGGAAACAUUAUAAUUAACCUAAAUAGCAGAAAGAUGCAAUGGGAUUAUAUUUCCAUUUAUUUUCAUUAAACUGAGAGAAAAUUUGAGGCACAGUGAGUGAAAAGGUGAAUGGUUGUGAGGGAGGCUGUAAAGUCAACAAACGCAAAUGCAGAUAUCCCCUCUUGGCCGCUUCAUUUCUUGUAUAGCUGUUUUUGUCAUUUGGCGGAGGAGCUGUACAGCUGUGUGGCUGUACAUGUGUGUGUGUCAGUAAUUGCAUGGCGGGGUUGAAUGAAGGGAAAAAAAAGAUGAUGGCGGAAAUAAGAUCGCUUUUGGCAUAGUGCAAAGAGAUUUUCCUGAUAUAACCUCUGUGGAAAGGUUUGUGAUUGUGUAUUUUCAUAUGUUCAUCUUUAAUUUAAUUAGAGUCACAAUAAUUAUUUUGUUACAUUACUCUGGCCAUAGUAUUUGUUGCAUUUCAAACUGUAUUUACACUGUAUUUUGUAUUUGCUUUGAAGUGGCUGUAUGUAAGUCUUUUCAAAGCGAAACAGCACCAUUUGUUUUGCUUGCAAAAUACUUAGCAAAUUGAUCUGGGCUGCAUUUCCCAAAAGCAUCGUUAACCUAAGUAGAUCGAUGGUACCUCAGAUCUAUUUAGGCAUAUGAUGCUUUUGAUAAAGGCAGCCCUGUUUCAUUCAGAACAUGCUAGGAAACAGUGUUGUUAUGCUGCUAAGUUCUGUUAUAUGUCUUAUGUACUAUAUUUUUUACUGAAAUAUAAUUAGCCCCUUUACAAUUUUUAUUUUUAUUUUUAUGUAUAAUGUAUUUUUUUUAUUUUAUUUUUUUAUUAUUGUGUAUGGAACUGUGAGAACUGCUUGUUGUAUAUCCAACUAUAUGCUGUGCAGAGUUUGUGGGAAAGAUGUGGGUGCCAUCUUUGAGGGGGGAAACAAAUAUCUAGUUCUUUAUUGUUAUAAUUGCAAUCAAUUUUAAUUAUACAUUUUGUUAGAGCCAAAAUACAUCUCGCUUUUUGAACCAGUGGGAGAUAUUGUAAAUAGGAUCUGCCCAUUUAGAAAUUAUCCAUUAGACAGAAAAUGCCUUUAUUAGUAAUUGGAAGUUUUAAGGGAAGUUUUUUAUCAUCUAAGGUCUAUUGCUAAACUAAAACAGUUUCUCUCAAAAAGAACUAGAAACUGUGAUCCAUGCUUUUAUUACAUCACAGCUGGAUUACUGCAAUUCGAUGUAUAUUGGUCUGCCUCAAUCUGCUAUAUCUCGUCUGCAGAUUGUUCAAAAUGCGGCAGCUAGAUUUUUAACUGGGAUUAAAAAGGGGGAUCACAUUUCCCCUGUAUUAGCUUCUCUACACUGGCUUCCCGUUAAAUUCAGAAUUGAUUUUAAAAUUGCUGUCUUUGUGUACAAGGCCCUUUCUGGCCUUGCACCUAAAUACAUUAGUGACCUUCUGCACUCUUACUCUCCUCCAAGAAUGCUCAGAUCAGGUAAUCAGCUUCUUUUAUCUGUCCCCCGUUCGCGCUGCAAGUCAAUGGGUGAUCGGGCCUUUUCGGUUGUUGCUCCAAAACUUUAGAAUAGCCUGCUCUUUCACGUAAGGUCUGCACCAUCUUAAAGCUAUUUUCAAAUAUGCCCUUAAGUCUUAUUUUUAUUAAUUGUCUUUUGAUAGUAUUCAAUAUACUGUUUACUGAUCAUUUUUGUUUAUUUUUAUGUAAAGGUUGCAUUUUUACUAUAUAUUGUUUGGUUGUUUUACAUGUUUUAUUUGUAAAUUG